UCAUUUUCAAAGCUCGUUAACGGCUGUUGUCUUGGUGCUGUGGACACAGCGUUUUAUGGAAACAGUGCGACACGAUCAAGUAGCACAGAUUUACGUAAAGGUUCGUUUAUGCACAACGUAGUCGUUGUAACAGUGGAACAGACGAUGUUCGGAUUUUGUUUUAUCUCCUUGAAGUUGACGCUAUAAUGGACAACUUUGAUUUCUCAGAAGAGGAAAUUCAAGAGCAACUGGCGAUCCUCGGCUACAAGAACAUACCUAAACACAGGCUUUGCGCAUUCAAGCAAGAGAUUGACGGAUUGAUUAAAAAUGGAGAAUGGACAGCACUGGCCUCAAACCGGACGACCUCCAGAAGAUCAGCCACCUCUCAGCACAGUCCUCCCGCCUACACCAAAGAGAAAGUUAGUCACUGUCAGCUUAAAGAGUUUGGUGAAGGAUUUUUCUUACACGCAUCUAAAGCUGACAAAGACAGACGGGUGUUACCCACCUAUCAGAACAUGGAUUACAGAAGGCAGAGUGGACCCAGUGACUCGUACGCUAAACACUCUGUGACUCAGAAGCCUCAGCUGCCUCUCGGUGCUCCCAGCUGUCUGCAGGUCAAGUCAGACCCCGAGGACACCCUCCCCCCUCCCCUCACUGACAGCUACACAUCCUCCCCGGACACCCAGGGGAAACGCUUCAUCAAGAGAAAAGUCCUGAGGAAACAUCAAGGACAGUCUCUCGUUUGCGAUGAAUCAGUCUACAGUGAAGAUUCAGAUGUGAGUUUUCUGCAGGAGCGACUGGCUGAUCUUCACGUAUCCACAUCUGCCCACUGCGACUCUGACACUGAGAACGAAGACGUAACCAGUGAGAGUGACGCGUCCAGCGGCGAGGAGAUUCCUCUGAGCGCGUUUGAAUCCUACCUCCAGGGCAUGACUAGGAGUGGUGCAGACCCCAGACCCAAACCUAAAUCCUUUAUCCGUCCUGUGAUGAGUCAGCAAAGCAUGAGGAAAACCGACCCAGUGGCCAAGUAUUUCCAGUAUAAGCAGCUCUGGGAAAUGUUUAAACUUCCAGGGGAGAAGGACAGGAGAGCCCUCCGCUGGGAGAUCAGGGAACAACUUGCCUACCAGCCUCCACCUCCUAAACCUCGGAGGGUUUAUGUGCCCAACACCUACGUGGUACCGACAGAGAAGAAGCGCUCGGCGCUCCGCUGGGAGGUCAGGAACGACCUGGCCAACGGCCUCCUUCCACACAAAUUUACUUGCAAAUAUUAGAUUUUUUAAAUGCUUUUUAUUAAAAUGUUUUUUUAAUACCA